AUGCUAUUGUCAGAAUUGCCAAGUCAGCCUAAAUUAUACUUUAAUGUUGUAUCUGUGGAUCCUUCACAACUACAGUUGACUCUUGAAAUAGGCUUGGUAUUUUAUCUAGGAUCAUACCUUGUUGUUGAGUUGUCAAAGAGUCAAAAUGCUGGCAAUAACUUUGCCACUACUGUUGCAAAGAAUUAUCAGCCUCUGUAG